CUUCAGAUACCGAAUGAAACCGUGACCCUACGAGUCUUACAAAAUGUGACUCGAAGUUAAUAAAUUAUAUUUAUUACAACUGAAAAGCUCGACACGAACGACAUUUUUAUUCAUUCUUCAAGAUUAAAAUUGUAAGAAACCUUCGAAAUUGAUAUAAGAAUUAAUUAAACGAAGAACGCGAUGCACUCAAAGGAUUCUAUUGUCAAGAUGAAAAUAUUCAAAGCAUUUUAAUGAAAUACGUUCUUUAGCGUCCUGCAAUUUCCAAUUACACAAAACUUGUGUUCUAACGCGGAAUAAGAAAUAUUAUCCUGUAGAAUGCUUAAACAGCUUCGUCGAUCGAGUUACGUCUUCAAUAUCGCUCGAGGAGCAAGGGUGAGCUUUAACUUUGUACGAAACAAAAGCUCCGAGGAUCUGAGACAAACUUUGGCCAAGGCAUACGGCUAUAUCCAUCGUAGAACAAAAAUGGACAUCCAGGAGAAGAUGAGAGAACUCGGCGACCUGUUUUCGAAAACUGGGAAAGAACUAAGCGAUAUUGUGAAGCAAAACGAACAAUUCAUAACGGAGGAGAUACGAAAAGCUGAGGAAACUCUUCGAAAGGCUUCCGAGGUAUGCGCAGGAAAGCACAUGGACCGUCUGAAAGUCGUGAAAGAGACGUACGCGAAUAGAAUAAAAGUUUGUAACGAUAAGGCAGCGCUGGGGAUGCACGCUGCGAGAAUGAAAUACGAAGGACAGAUCGAAAAGACGGAGGUACUUCGAAAUUCGAUGAAACGAAUCCUAAAGGAAUGCUUAGACACGGAUGAAUUUGUCAAGUGCAUCGCCAACAAAACUAAGGAGACCGCCAGGCAACGGAAAGAAAUCGGGGAGAAGUUGAACGAGACGAUGGUAAACGCGAGGAUCUCGAUCGCUGAUCAACUGAGGGACGCGAUGAAAUGCCACGCGGAUGCUCAAGCGGAAUCUCUUAAGAGUCUGGGAGAAAUUUUAAAGGACAUCAAAGAAUGUGUCGUGCAAACUCAACAAUGACAUUAAAUGUACUAC